CCUUGAAAGAAAACUAACUCUAAAUCUACAUUUAGAUACAAAUUCAUUUCAUAAAUGAAUUUAGAUAUAGUGACAUACCUUUGAUUAACCAGGGGAUAUUGAAGCAUGUAUGAUGUAAAACAACUGUAAUCCUAGACAAGCAGAUAGAGACAGUCAUUAGUAUUAUUACAUUAUGCCAUGUGUGUUUAACCUUGUGACAGAAAAAUGACAAAUAUUGUAAUAGGUACAGUUGUUGUAGGCACAUGAUGUCUUGUCCUUAUAAGUCUGGUUAUGUUACAUUGUUAAUUGCAGUAUUUUAUUGUGAUAUCUCAUUGUUUACAGCACAGACUGACUAUGCACCUUAUUUCUAUGAUAAUGGGCCUAACAGUAACAACGGUAAUAUGGCACUGUUAAAUCUCUCAGAGGAUACACCAAAAGGAACACAGAUAUAUGUUCUUAAUGGAACCGACCCAGAAGUCCAGCCAGUAAAGUAUGGAAUGACCUUUGAACCCGGAUCCAAAGAAUAUUUCCGUGUUCAUCCUAAAUCUGGAACAGUAACUCUUAUAGAGGAACUCGACAGAGAGGCACAGGAUGCGAUUGAAGUCUUUGUCAGCAUCUCAGAUGGCCUUAAUAAAGUAGCUGAAAAGGUUUCAGUUUUUGUCAUGGAUGCCAAUGAUGAGAGACCACAGUUUCAGACCAUGCCUUCCAUUGUAGAUGUGCCAGAGAACACUACAUCUGGGAGUAGCAUCUACAAAGUGCAGGCAGUGGACAGAGACACCGGCUCAGGCGGAUCAGUCACUUACUUCCUCCAGAGCAGUGAACCGAGCACAAAAUUUGCCAUUGACCACCAUAGUGGCGUGCUGCGGAUAAAACCAGGUGAAACCCUCGAUUAUGAGAAAUCCCACACAUAUUUCAUCACUGUGGUGGCAAAGGAUGGAGGUGGCAUUUACAAGGGCAAGCAACAAGUGAUGUCAUCAUCUGCCACUUUGACAAUAAAUGUGAUUGACACUCAAGACACUCCCCCUGUGUUUGUUGGGACUCCUUACUUUGGUUAUGUCUAUGAGGUCUCCUCGCCUGGAUCUGAGAUAUUUACAGUUUUUGCCAAAGAUGGAGACAUGGAUAAUCCAAAUCCAAUCAUACAUUCUAUAGAAUCUGGAGCAGAUGGGGUUUUUGCCAUCAAUAAAACCAGUGGAUGUAUCACUCUGAAGGUGUACCCCGCAGAACUGAGGAGAGAAAUCUUUAAUAUUAAAGUCAAGGCUUCAGAGGUCAGUCCAGAAGGAAAACUCUUGGACUUUGCAGUCACCACAGUGACCAUUCGGGUAGUGGAUCUGAACAACCAUCCACCCACAUUCUUUGGAGAAAAUGGACCACAGAACGUGUUUGAGUUAACUAUGUAUGAACAUCCUCCAGAGGGAGAGUUCUUGAGGGGCUUGAAAAUUACAGUCAAUGACUCCGACCAGGGAUCAAAUGCAAAAUUUCACCUCAGACUGGUGGGCCCAGGGCACAUGUUACGAGUGGUCCCUCAAACCGUCCUGAAUGAAGCCCAAGUCACCAUCCUAGUUGAGGAUUCUGCUGCAAUGGAUUUUGAGAAAUCACAGUUCUUGACAUUUAAGCUCCUCGCUGUAGAGAUUGACACCCCUGAGAGAUUCAGUGCCACGGCAGACAUAAUCAUUCAUCUGCUAGACACCAAUGAUAAUGCUCCCAAAUUCUCCUCUGAUUUUUACAUCACCCGGAUUCCAGAAAAUUCACCCGGAGGAUCCAGUGUUAUGUCUGUGACAGCCUCAGAUCCUGAUUCUGGUCUUUGGGGUGUGGUCAAAUACUCCAUCUAUGGCUCAGGAGCGGACCUGUGAGUACCCUGCCCCCCUUUCAUCUCUGUGUAAUCCUGGUUUUCCCUAUCCAAGUAUAACUUUUAUGUGAAAGCCGAAGACACUGAGGGAAAAUACAGCCUUGCAGAAGUCUUUGUCACCAUUAUGGACCUCAAUGACCAUUCACCAGCAUUCAAUGAAAACUCUCUAGAGAAGACAAUGGUGAUUGGUGCACCAGUAAAAAUAGAGGCGAUUGAUGAAGAUGCAGAAGAGCCCAAUAAUGUCAUUGAAUACUCCAUCAUGAAGUCUGACCCAGAUGACAUAUUUAACAUUGAUGCAGACACAGGAGAAAUAAAGCUGAAGCCGUACAUCAAGUCCAUGGAUAUAAUCCAGAAUAUCAGCAGUAAUAAAGACUGUACCUGGUCUGUGGUUGUUCAGGCCAAAGACAGAGGUUCACCAUCCUUCAGCACCACCAAAGUGGUAAAGAUUGACAUCACAGAAGCGACUCAACUCAAGGGACCUUUGACGUCCUUUUUAUUGAAAAGUAGGGAAAAUCCCAUGCAAUUCCUAGGCUUGGUCAGUGGUGUCAUUAUAAUCAUGGUUUUUGUGACAGUCUUCAUCUCUACUGUUAUAUACGUGAGAAAUGUCAAGUCCAACAAGAUCCUACCCUCCCGUCGCAUCAUACAAAGGAAGCGUAAACCCUGGGGACAAGAUGACUUCCAUCAACCGUUCAGAGAGGAAUGCUGUGGAGUUAAGUUUAGAAAUGAGGAUCUGGAGAUCCCUACAGCAGACAAUAUCAACUGUAACAAUAAUGUCAAAGGAUGUUUUCAUCGAACCCCUCCGUCGCCUCCUGACGCCCCUGUCAUGCCCCCGCCAUUGCCAAGUCACUUUAGACACGGUGACCGGGAGUGGACGGUGCCUACAGUUUCUGCUUCGGUGGCCUCCAAGACAAAGAAAAGAUCUGAUAGGUGUAAAGACAAUCCUGUCAACACAGCACUGGUUUCUGAACUCAAACUUAGACUGGAGCAGAAAAACAUGGCAAACCGAUACUGAUGAAAUGCAUGUAUAUAAAUAUCAGUGUUCAAUGGAGAGAAGACGUAUCUCUCUGCCAAUUCUCUGUCAUGUUUCUUCUGACAAAGGAGAUUUCAGGCAAGAUUUGAGCAAGGCCAGCUCCGGAAGCUUCUCACUGUACAGUAUCUUUUCUUAUGCGUGAAGUGUUUAACUGGGAUUGCAGGUAGAACCUAGGUUUUUUAUUUUUUUUUAUUUUACCGUGGAUAACUAACAAUGAGUGUGAGUUUUCAUUCUUCAAAAUCAUGUAGU